AUGACCACCGUCAAGGCCAUUGCGCCUACUUUGCACUUGGAUGAGCAUGACGACGUGCCCAUGGCCAUUGCAGCCCCUCCCGCUUCCUACACUUCUCCUCAAAUGCCAUCCCGACUUCGAUCCCUUUUCAACAGCAACGACACAGCAGCUAUCACAGCAACAGUGCCUCCCCCUUCUCAACCCACAUCAUUCUCUGUGCCAAAUGAUUUCGACACUACAACCGACACACAAAAAGGAUUCAAAAGCAACUCAUGGUUCUUGGCUUCUUUAACUGGAAAUAAGAACAAAGGCAUACGUCGUGUUGCGUCGGCUCCUAACGCCAAAAUGUUACAAAUGCAACAAAAGCAUCAGCCGCCUGUACCUUCACCUUCCGCUGGUACUCAGUCAUUACGAGUCGUAUCCAACCAACAAUUGCCCUAUUCAGGUUCCAUGUCGUCGUUGCAACAACAACAACAACAACAACAACAACAAAGACGUGGAUUUCGACGCACCUAUUCUUCAAACAGCAUCAAAGUCAAGAACCUGGAAGUAGGUCCAUCCAGCUUCGUCAAAGUCAGAAUGCUUGGCAAAGGAGAUGUCGGCAAAGUCUACAUGGUUAAGCAAAAAGGCAGCGAUCGUCUUUUCGCUAUGAAAGUGCUUUCGAAACGUGAGAUGAUCAAACGCAACAAAAUUAAACGUGCUUUGGCCGAACAAGAGAUCCUCGCCACAUCCAAUCAUCCCUUCAUUGUUACAUUGUAUCAUUCGUUUCAAAGCCAGGAUUAUUUAUACUUUGUCAUGGAUUAUUGUAUGGGUGGCGAAUUCUUUAGAGCUUUGCAACUUCGGCCAGGGAAAUGUCUUGAUGAAUCAGGUGCACGAUUUUAUGCAGCAGAAGUGACCGCAGCUCUUGAAUACCUUCACUUACAAGGCCAUAUCUACCGUGAUCUCAAACCAGAGAAUAUCUUAUUGCAUCAGAGUGGCCAUAUCAUGUUGACAGACUUUGAUUUGAGCAAAGGAACAAGUCCUCCCGGCAAACCUGGAGUCAUUCGCUCCAACUCAUCCAAAGUGCCACCCUCCAUCGACACUAAACGCUGCGUCAAUGACCUAAGAACAAAUAGCUUUGUGGGAACCGAAGAAUACAUCGCCCCUGAAGUUAUCAAAGGAUGCGGACAUACGAGCAAUGUAGACUGGUGGACGUUGGGUAUCUUGGUGUAUGAAAUGCUGUAUGGUACUACCCCAUUCAAAGGUGGAAACCGCAACGAGACCUUUGCUAGUGUCCUUCAUCAUGAUGUGCAAUUCCCUCCACAACCUUCACCCUACCACAAGAAUAUCUUAUCCAACAAUUGCAAAAACGUGAUUCGCAGAUUACUCCAUAAGGAUGAGCAUCGUCGUUUGGGAUCAUGUGGAGGAGCUUCGGACGUCAAGAGUCAUCCAUUUUUCAAGACUUUGAAUUUUGCAUUGCUCCGCAAUCUACAACCACCGAUUGUGCCACGUGUGCAGGAACCCAAUGGCAUCGACGCUAUCAACUUUAGAAAGAUGCCACCAGAGAGCAUGAGCCUGGAUCUCGAAUCUGAUAGCAUCAUUGCUAACGGCAACAGUCUCUUUGAAAAAUUCCAUUCCAUUACAUUGUAUCACGAAGGCGAUUCUGAUUCCGAGUUUGAGGUCUAG